AAUGGUCGACCACAUCAUCUCAGGAAUUUGCUGUCGCCGCAGAGGAAAAACGAAAAAAAGAAGAAGCGGCACCGCAAGCCGAAAGCCGCAAAGCCAUAAAGCCGCCACGGCUGGGAUCGGCGUCCCAAGGACGAGAGCGCACGCACGGACGAGGGAGAGAGACGACGGACGAGAGCGCACGCACAGAGAGGAGAAGAGAGAGAAAUCGAGAUCCGGGUCAAUGGAGACGGCGAUUGUGGAGCGGCUCGAGGCGGCGGUGGCGCGACUCGAGGCCGCCGUGGCCUCCGGCUCCUCGCCCUUGGCGGCGCCGCGCGACCUCGACGCCCCGGCGGCGUCGGAUCCGUCCAUCGUGGCGUACGACGAGUUCGUCGCGGAGGGCGUCGGACGCCUCACCGCCGCGGCUGAGAAGAUCGGCGGGAAGGUGCUGGACGCCACCAAGGUUCUCGCCGAGGCCUUCGCCGUCGCCAAGGACCUGCUCGUCCAGGCGAAGCAGCUACAGAAACCUGCAUCAAUGGCUGAUGCACAGGACUUCUUUAAGCCCCUCAGUGAUGUUAUCACAAAGGCAACUGUGAUGACGGAAGGAAGAAGGCCCGACUAUUUCAAUCAUAUGAAGAGCAUUGCUGACAGUCUCCCUGCUUUGGCUUGGGUUGUAUUCUUAGGGAAGGAUUGUGGCAUGAGCUUCCCAACAGCACAUGUGGAAGAAAGCUGGCAGAUGGCUGAGUUCUAUAAUAACAAGAUUCUUGUAGAAUACAGGAACAAAGACCCUGAUCAUAUUGAGUGGGCUAAGGCUUUGAAAGAUCUAUACAUGCCUGGGUUGCGGGAUUAUGUUAAGAAAUAUUACCCUCUUGGACCUGUCUGGGGUCCUGCUGGAGGUGCCCUUGUUUCCCAACCAAAGGCAGCUGCUCCAACACCUAAAGCACCCCUGGCUAAGGCUCCCCCUCCACCAGCUCCUCCUUUGGCACCUCUUUUUAGCACAGAGAAGUCUCCAAAAUCUUCACAGCCUAAAGAAGGGAUGUCAGCUGUUUUUCAAGAGAUUAGUUCAAAACCCGUGACUGCAGGGUUGCGAAAGGUUACUGAUGACAUGAAGACUAAAAACCGUGCUGAUAGAAGCGGUGUUGUCAGCAGCACUGCUCCUCCUCCUGCUGCAGCUCCUGAGAAGGCUUCUCGUGCAGGGUCCUUCUCCUUCAAGUCUGGACCCCCAAAACUGGAGCUUCAGAUGGGACGCAAAUGGGUGGUCGAGAAUCAAGUUGGUAAGAAGAACCUUGCUAUUGAUGAUUGUGAUUCCAGACAAUCUGUCUAUGUGUAUGGAUGCAAGGAUUCUGUCCUUCAAGUAAAUGGAAAGGUUAACAAUAUCACCGUUGACAAAUGCACCAAAUUUGGAAUCGUUUUCAAGGAUGUCGUAGCAGCUUUUGAGGUUGUGAACUGCAAUGGUGUUGAGGUCCAAUGUCAGGGUACGGCACCAACAAUAUCAAUCGACAACACAUCCGGAUGUCAGUUAUACUUAAGCAAAGAUUCGCUGGGAGCUUCAAUUACUUCAGCUAAAUCUAGUGAAAUCAAUGUGAUGGUUCCGAGUGGCGUUACUGAUGGCGAUUGGGUGGAGCAUGCUUUACCUCAGCAGUACAUCCAUAGUUUCAAGGACGGGCAGUUUACCACGACACCAGUUUCACACUCCGGAGCAUAAACCUGAUGAUAGCGGCUAUUCUGUGUGUAUUUGUUUGAUGCCGCCUUUGCCUUGUUUGAAGAUGGUGGUAUGUUGAGAGUUGUAGAGGUUUUUGGUCUCUUUUGGAGCACUGGACCUGGUUUGCGAUUGUUCUCUUUACUCAGUGGGUGCCUGGGUGGUGUGUAUCUUUUGUUUACACAUGGUUCCGUUUGAUUGGUAUAUUUGUAUGCCAACAAAACUACUUUACUUGGUGUAUGUCUUUAACUGAUCAUUCUUUGACUAUGUGAACCUCUCAAUAUUUCAAUGGACGCUUGCUCUGUUGAGUGUCUCGUUUCA